AGUAGGAUAGGUGUGCCUUUUGCCACACCUUUAAUUCCUAGCGAACUCUAAUUUGCCGCUCCAUUUAGAAGUGCAGGGCCCUAAGUGCCAGUAUCGGGCUUAAAAAAUCCAACAUUCCAACUAAGUGGUAAAGGUGGAGAUUCAAGAAUACACAUAAAAUAAUGUCUGGAAAACGUAGUUUUUCUCAAUGUAACUCGGACGUGGAAAUCUUCAACGACAUCGACGAUUAUAAGUCGAAAAAGAUGAAAAUUCUGGUGAAAAAAGUUUUGGUGAAAGUCGGCAAUAGUACUGGUGAUAGUGUAAAAGAAGCCGAGAAUGUUGGUAGUUUUAGUUUUGGGGAAAUCAUUGAUGCUGUGAUUGAGCUAUGUAUUCCACCAUUCAACAGCAACAAACCCAGUGACCAUGUAGGCAAUUUAUUCGAAGAUGUGGUGGAGGAGAACCAGCUGUGUUUUUGUUCUAUGCGUGUUAAAAAAUUACGACGUAAAACUCUACCCAAACAAAAUGCUGAUGUUUGAACCAGUUUCCCUGACCACAGAAUGCUCAGUCUUUGUUUCGGAAGAGUUCAUAAAUUAGAUAUUAGGUGUACGAUUAUUUAUCAUCACAGUUUUCCAGGAAAAAACUAUGAACAAAUUCAUUUUGACUGUCUACUAUUGAAAACCAUUUUUGAAAACUAUAAUUGCAGUAGUAUCUUAUUUUAGAUGAGAGGUAAGAUGUAUUUUAGCAUAAGCAACGAAAUCGGUAAAAUUAUGGAACGUUCGAAUACAUACAAAUAUCUAUAUUAAUGCAUUAGUGUAACAAACCAUCGAAUCACUAAUUUAAUUAACUUUUAUUUGAUCUGCAUUGUCGACACUACUGUAUUAAUUUUUCAUGAAUUUCCUAAAUCGAGCAUGAGCGCGGCUCAAAAACUUAUUGUUUCGUUUGAGUGUUAACAAACGUAUCACUACAUCUUUCAAGAAAUUUUGGCAGAUAUACCAUAACUGCACGACGAUGAAAAGGAAGUAGGCUAGGAUCACAUAUCUGGCCGCUGAGGUGUUGUGAUCGUACUCCUACAGACUUUUUUGUGUAAUUUGAUUUAAUUUAUUUGAUAGAAUUAAUUCAUUUUCUACUAGUUUUUCUUGUAAUUUUACACUUAUUUUAUUAAAAAACUGAUUAAAAAGUGUCCGCUUUUGUUCCUUCUUUUUGACAUUUAUCAGAGUGGUUUAGUUUAAAUUAUUUUAGCACUUUGCACAGAAUUUCUUCAUAGUGUUCAAUGCGACGAUAAGCGAACGCGUUUUCAUUAGUUAACUGAGUAUACAGUUAUCUAGAAUUAUGUAUUGCACCCACUAAUCUUUGCAACAAAAAAAAUACAUCUAUAAACCUGAAAAGCAACAGCUUUAAAUUUAUUUUAAAAUUACAUAGCGCUUACUCAUUUGUCAGCUAAUCAUGUAUCCCAAAAAGGAAAAAACUAAAAUAGAAAAGAAAUUCGUUAUUCGGAAUUCUGUUCUGACCGACAUCUUCGACCAUCAUCAGACUCGAAAUCUUUACAAUUUCUUGGCCAUCUUCUUCAUCUGUUUUUCUAUCCACACACUAGGAAGCGAAUACUUCAUAACAGGAAGAAUAACUUUCGGAUUUGGACUCAUAAGAAAAGCCUUCCUCCAUUUCGAUAAAGCCAUCUUCGUUUGGUUGUGUAGCUUUGCAUCAGUUUGUGCAAUGUUUUACGUCUUCAAAAUGUGGUUAAUUCUUACAACGUUUGCCAAAGGAAAGACCAUUAUUUUCUAUUGGUUCGGAGCAACAUGUUUGGUUUUGUACUAUUUUUGCAGCUUGAAGUUAGUUACUUAUGCAAUACGCUAUUUUGAGUUCAACGUGAUUGGCAAAUUUUUCCUUACUUAUGAACAGUCACGGCUUUUAAUGAAAGUACACGCUUUUGUGCGAAGCAAAAUUUCGAAUGAACCCUCUGGUUUAUCUUUUUCUAAAUAUCUAUACUUCCUUUUUGCUCCUACCCUCAUCUACAGAGACACCUACCCUCGAACGAACACCAUCAACUGGAAGUUUGUUGUUCAGUGUCUUCUCGAAUCGAUUACUAUCUUCUUCGUUCUCACCUUUUGCGCAAUGAACACUUUUCCAUCCCCGGAAAGACUGGCACAGAAGUAUACGUUAAGCGAUGUGAUCUUCGAAUUUCUAGACAAAAUCCUGUAUACACCAUUGGCUUUGACCCAGUACUUCUUAGUUUUUCACACAGUACAAAAUUUAUUUGCCGAAAUGCUCCGAUUCGGUGACCGUUUAUUCUAUUUAGAUUGGUGGAACCAACAUAGCUUUAAUGCUUGGUUGACAGAAUGGAACAUAAUCGUGCAUGAUUGGUUAUAUUAUUACAUUUACCGUGAUUUCAAGGAAUAUGUGUAUGACAAUACUUUUCUUGCUCGAGUAGCAGUGUUUUUACUUUCUUUCGGUAUGCACGAGUGGGUUGUGUAUUGCAUCGUUGGUGGAUUUUUUCCUGCAUUAUUAUUUGCAUUUAUGUUGAUGUUGUUUCCUUUGUCGUAUUUUAAGUUUCCUAAAACCAAUAUUUGUAAUGUUCUUCUGUGGUGCUUUGCUAUUCUGUCAUUAGAGAUCUUCAUCACUGGGUGCGGUCUUGAAUGGUAUGCUCUUUCAACGAGCCCCUUGAUAAACCCAACGCUUUGGGAAAAAAUCCUUCCUAGAUUCCUAACGUGUGAUUGUAUAUUAAAAAUUUAGUUUAACCUUAUUUUGUCGCAAUUUUAAUGUAGUGUCGGAUUUAUAAUAAAAGUCUAAAAACCA